ACAGAUCCUUUCCCAAAAAGUUCAAUUAAAUCGCUAAAUUUGUGACUUCAUUUUUUUAUUUUUAUCGAUGUCGUUGAGAUUUUACAUGUCAACAAUAAGAAAUAUGAUUGUCAUCCUGAAUAUUAUCUAAAAACAUUUCAAAGCUCCGAAUGAUAACGCGAUGUAAAUGCAUGGAAAUGUAUGUAUUGCACAUAUAAUAUUCUAUUGCACUGUCUGAAAGCAUUCCUUGGUUAUUUAUACAAUUUUGCUAAUCGAUUCUAGGAAUAUCAUUGAUGUUGAACGAUUUAAUCAGUUGUUAUCGAUAUUAUUUAAUUUUUUAAUCAACAUAAACCUUAGGACAAUCCAUUUCGAUCGCGCAUCUAGAUAUACUUUCGGGAUAUAAUACUUCUCUCAAGAUUAUUAUCAAACGAUAAGAUGAUUGAUAUAAAAAUCGAUACGUCUGUUGCAAUCGCCAGUUAUUGUAUUUUUAACUGUCGAAUGUGCGAUACGUUUUGAUAUACCAAAUUAAUGAUCGCAAUGAGAGGUGAAUUUUUAAAUAAAGACUCUAUACAAUCUUUGACAAACAUUAGGAUAGGAUACUAUGCGGUGAUCGUCGCCGCGUUGGCGAUUGGCAUUGCUGGAGCAUCUGUGAGAGAGAUUGAGUGUCCGUCCUUAGGCACCGUUAAAUUGCCUCAUCCGAGAGAUUGUACCCUAUAUUAUGUUUGUCAGGAUGGCGAGAGCACGAUGCACGAGUGUCUUGAAGGUUUGCACUUCAAUAACGCUACUAAGCAGUGUGACUGGCCGUCAGGAUGCAUCCCGAAAGAAAGCUGGCCAGAGACUCAACCGAGUAUACCCGAGGAGGAGGAAUCCGAAACAUCUGCCUGCAUCGGCACAUGUCCAACUACAGAUCCUAAGGAUAAAACGAUACAUCUGUUGUACAAAGGUGACUGCGCCAAAUUUUGCGCAUGUAGCAACGGCACUCCGAUCCUUAUGAACUGCCCAGCCGGGUUGCAUUUCGACAUAGUGAAGGGAGUCUGCAACUGGCCGUGGUUAGCCAAAUGCCAACAAUGCAAAUACUUGUCUCCAAUUUUAGCGAAUGGAUUCUUCACAAUGAAAGGCAUUUACUUAGUGGCCAUUUUAUACGUGGCCACAUUAGGCGUUAUUGCCUUCAACGAAUCACCAGUGGCUGAUAUUCCGACAAAAUGUCCCAUAGACAAUCCACGAAAUGAGACAAUUUUUAUACCCCAUGAAAGUGAUUGCACAAAAUUCUACAACUGUCUCCUGGGAGAGAAAGGGGAACCACUAGAUUGUCCUCUAAUGGAUAAAAAUGGCAAUAGAUUGCACUUCAAUCCAAAACUUCAAGUAUGCGAUUGGCCGUGGAGUGCAGGAUGUCAAGUAUCAUCAUCGACACCGACAACAUCAAUAACUACGCCAUCGAGUUCUCCGACGCCGACGACUCCGUCACCGACUACUCCGACGCCGACGACUCCGUCACCGACUACUCCAACGCCGACGACCCCGUCACCGACGACUCCGUCACCAACUACUCCAACGUCGACAACCCCGUCACCGACGACUCCGUCACCGACUACUCCGACGCCGACGACUCCGUCACCGACUACUACAACGUCGACGACCCCAUCACCGAUUACUCCGACACCGACGACUCCGUCACCGACUACUCCAACGCCAACAACCCCGUCACCGACGACCCCGUCACCGACUACUCCGACGCCGACGACUCCGACGCCGACGACCCCGUCACCGACGACUCCGUCACCAACUACUUCAACGUCGACGACCCCGUCACCGACGACUCCGUCACCGACUACUCCGACGCCGACGACCCCGUCACCGACUACUCCGACGCCGACGACUCCAUCAACGAGUUCUCCGACGACUCCGUCACUGACUUCUUGCAUAUCGGAUAACAGAAUACACAUGCUUCCCCAUAAGACUAUGUGCGAUCAUUAUUAUUCGUGUUUCAAUGGCGUGAUAGAUUCUAUCCCUCGAAAAUGCGAUCGUAAUUUAUUAUUUAAUCCAGUGCUCCGUGUAUGCGAUUAUCCAGAAAAUGUAAACUGUACUAAUAUUCCGUCGAGUACGAAUAUCGUGCCAUCAACUACCCCUUCAUUAAUCACAACGACGUCACAACCGAAUUUACGGACGACUUCGUCGCUAUUUUCUCCAAUUCCGACGAAAAAAACAGAUCCAUCUGCUUGGGAUUGCGUGUCAAGACCAGAUAAAAAACCAUACAAGGUUCCUCACGAAACUAUGUGUGAUCGCUACUAUUGGUGUGUUGACGGCAUAAAAGGUACGGAAUCAAUAAAAUGCGAAAGCUUUUUCUUAUUCAAUCCAGAUAUUGGUCAAUGUGAUUACCCGGAAAAUGUAGACUGCAGUGGCAGAAUUACUCCGUCACGAGGUACACCAACAACACCGUCUACGAAAAACACUCCAACAAUACCAACUACAACAGAAUCUCCAACAAUAACGCCUACGAAAGAAAUUCCAACACCGACUACAACAGAAUCCCCAACAAUACCGACUACAACAGAAUCCUCAACAACACCAACUACAACGGAAACUCCAACAACACCGACUACAACAGAAUCCCCAACAACACCAAAAGACAACAAACCUCGUGAGAAAUGUCCUCCAAAGGGAUCAACGGAGAAAGCGCGGAUUGCUCACCCAUGUCUAUGCAAUCAAUAUUACGAAUGCGUAAACGGUGAAAAGAUAUUAGAAACAUGUCCAUUCGGCAAGCAUUUUGAUUACGUGAGAGAAGUUUGCGACUGGGCCGCAAUAGUAAAGUGUAUUCGACCGAUUCCAACCUUUGACAUUUUAACCUUCGACAUUCCAAAUGAUGACUAUAAUAUUACAUGCGCUCCAGAGGAUAGAGCGUUUCAGCACGAGACCGACUGUACUGCCUAUUAUUUGUGCUCCAACGGUGAGAAAAUUUUGAAAUACUGUUUGGAGGGACUUCAUUUCAACAUGACCAUCCAGACAUGCGAUUAUCCGCAAAAGCGUUGUGAUUUAAACAGAUCUUCGCCGAUAAUCGAUCAUUCUUGCCCUUCUUCAGAUUCCGUAGAAAAAGUAUUUUUGCCUCACGAAUGUGACUGCAAACAAUAUUACGAAUGCGUUGAUGGAAAGCGAGUUCUUCGAUCCUGUCCAAAUAAUUUAUAUUUUGAUCGCGUUUGGCAAAUUUGCAACGAUCCGAUUGAGGCCAAAUGUAAUACUGAUAAAGCCUCGACAACGCCUAAAACAGUAUCGUCAACGCCUACGGAAGCUACCGAUAAACCUCGCAUAACGUGUCCUCUCAAAGGUUCAAAUAAAACUUUACGGUUUCCUCAUCCAUGCUUAUGUAAUAAAUAUUACGAGUGCGUGGAAGGCGACAAGGUAUUACAAACGUGCCCGAUCGACAUGUACUAUGAUGACGCAAAAGAAGUUUGCGAUUGGACCGCCAAAGUGACAUGCGUCCAGUCAUUUCCAUCUCACGAUAUCCGGACUGGUGAUUACGAUAAUAAAUGCUCUCCGGACGGCAGAGCGUUUCGGCACAAAGUUAGCUGCACCGAGUAUUAUUUAUGCUCCAAGGGUGAAAAAGUUUUAAAAUUCUGCAUGGAAGGACUUCAUUUCAAUGUUAGUAUACAGAUGUGCGAUUUUCCGCAUAAAGAAUGUGAUCUACCUACACCUCCACCGACUAUCGCUCCAGGAAUUUGCCCUCUCGUAGGCUCCGUACUGUUGCCUCAUGAAUGUGAAUGCGCGCAAUAUUACGAGUGUAUUGACGGAAAACAGAUUCUUCGAGAAUGUUCAGACGAUUUACACUACGAUUACGUUCGUCAAAUUUGCAACGAGCCGAGUAAAGCUAAAUGCAAUCUCACACCGACGGGUCUCAUCUCAACAUGGGCCCCUAACACUCCUGAUUCAGAUGAAUGUUACGACGAGAAUAUCGAAAUGUCUCACGAAUACGACUGCGGGUCCUACUAUAAAUGUAGCAACGGCAAGAAGAUCUUGAAGACCUGUCCUAGAAAUUUAUACUUUAAUCCGAAACUUCGAGUCUGCGAUUAUCCGGAGAACGUCGCCUGCGGCGCUGGAUCUGCGAAUACACCCAGUAUACGAACACCAACCAAGUGCAGCACAACGACAGGGAGCACUAAAAUUCCUCACGAGACUGACUGCAAUCUGUAUUACGUCUGCGAGGAUGGAAUCAGUACACUUAAAAAAUGUGACACUCCAGAACUCGUUUUCAAUUCUAUUCUAAAAGUCUGCGAUUUUCCAGAGAAUUAUAUCUGUAAUAUGACACGCGCAAAGAAUGAUAUUGAAGAUAUCGAUAAGACAAUAAUGCAAAACCUCGAUCCACCUACCUGUAUCGGUACCUGUCCUGAGGAAGAUCCCGAGUACGCAGUGUUACUUCCAAACGACGACUGCAAAAAAUUCUGUAUGUGCAGCAAUGGCAUAGCGUAUGUUCAAUCGUGUCCUGAGCCUCUCUAUUUCGAUUCCGUUCAGAAGAUCUGUAAACAGAAAAAGAAUGCCGUUUGUGGAGUACGCUCGUAUAAUCAAAAUAACGCUUUGAUGAAUGAUAGAAUGGACGACAACGACACAACUCUAAGUGAAAAUGAAGAUGAAACGUAUGAUAAUCUCGAUCCAUCUACAUGUAUUGGUACUUGUCCUGAGGAGGAUCCGGAGUACGCAGUGUUACUUCCGAACGAUGACUGCAAGAAGUUCUGUAUGUGCAGCAAUGGCAUAGCGUAUGUUCAAUCAUGUCCUGAACCUCUCUAUUUCGAUUCUGUUCUGAAAAUCUGUACAGGAAAGAAGGCUGCUGUUUGUGGAGUACGCUCGUAUAAUCAAGGCAACGCUGUGACGAUUGAUAGAAUGGACGACAAUGACAAUUCGAUAAAAACUCUGAGUGAAAAUGAAGACGGAACAUAUGACAAUUUGGACCCAUCUACUUGUAUCGGUACUUGUCCUGAGGAAGAUCCGGAGUACGCAGUGCUACUUCCAAACGAAGAUUGCAAGAAGUUUUGUCUGUGCAGCAACGGCUUGGCGUACGUCCAGCCAUGUCCUGAGCCACUUUACUUUGAUUCUGUAGACAAAGUCUGCAAGCGAAAGAAGGAUGCCGUCUGUGCGAUACGCUCGUUCCGUCGCUCACUGAUGGCCGAUAGAAUAUUCGACGAAGACGAUUCGAUGGUAUCUCUGAGCGAAGAAAACUAUAACGAACGUGGCAUGUAUAAAAAUCCUUGGUACAGACGGCGUUUCUAUAAUGUUGAUCCAUCUACAUGCAUCGGCAUUUGUCCUGAUGAAGAUUUCGGAUAUGCAGUGUUACUUCCGCACCAGGAUUGUAGAAAAUUCUGCAUAUGCAGCAGAGGUUUGGCAUACGUCCAACUGUGCCCUGAGCCACUUUACUUUCAUUCGAUGGAAAGAGUCUGCAGACGCAGAAGACACGUCGUUUGUGCAAUAGAUUCACACAACCGAAAUCAUGUAAUCACGAUUAACAGAGAGGAUGACGAGGACGAUUCGAUCGACGAUUCGGAAUUUCAAAGCGAGGAGAUUAACAAUAAACAUGGAAGACAUAACUACUUAUGGUUUAAACCACACUACUAUAAUUUCAAUCCGUCUACUUGCAUCGGUAUCUGUUCUGAGAAUGACUUCGAACAUGCGGUGUUACAUCCAAACAAGGAUUGCAAGAAAUUUUGCUUAUGCAACAACGGUAUGAUGUGGGUACACUUGUGCCCUGAGCCUCUUUAUUUUGAUUCAAUACAUAAAAUUUGUAAACGGAAAACGGAAGCUGUUUGCGCGUUCAGUCGAAAUCAUGCUGUUAUAAUAGAUAAAGAGGUCGAUGAGAAUAGAAUAGAAUAUCUGAGCGAAGAGAAGACCGACAAACGCGAAAUAUAUAACUCUUGGUCUAAGCUUCACUCCUACAAUCUCGACACAUCUACUUGCAUAGGUACUUGUUCUGAUGAAGUCUAUGACUAUGCAGUCUUGCUUCCAAACGUGGACUGCAGAAAGUUCUGUAUAUGUAGCAGCGGUCUGGCAUGGGUCCAGCCAUGUCCUGAGUCAUUUUACUUUGAUUCUGUAGAUAAAAUCUGCAAAUUGAAGAGGAGUGCCAUUUGCCAUUUAAAUCUAUUCAAUAAAAAUCGACCUUUUACGUUCAAAGCGAUCAAAAAUAAUUUUAUAACACCUCUGAACAAAGAGAAAUAUCACUCCCGUAAAAAACGUGAUAAUACUUGGUCUAAAUUAUAUUUCUUGACCAAUAAAUCUCUCAACAAUCUUGAUCCAUCUACUUGUAUCGGUACUUGUCCCGAGGAAGAUCCCGAGUAUGCAGUGUUACUUCCGAAUGACGACUGCAAGAAAUUCUGUAUGUGCAGCGGCGGCGUGGCAUGGGUUCAAUCGUGUCCUGAACCUCUCUAUUUUGAUUCUGUCCAGAAAAUUUGCAAACAGAAGAAGGAUGCCGUUUGUGGAGUACGCUCCUUCAAUCAAGAUAACACUUUCACAAUUGAUAAAGCGGUAGACAAUGAAAAUUCAUUGAAAUCUCCGAUUGAUGGAAACAAAAAGCGCGGAACAUAUGAUAAUCUUGAUCCAUCUACUUGUAUCGGUACUUGUCCAGAAGAAGACCCGGAGUAUGCAGUGAUACUUCCGAACGACGACUGCAAGAAAUUCUGUAUGUGCAGCGGCGGCGUGGCAUGGGUUCAAUCGUGUCCUGAACCUCUCUAUUUUGAUUCUGUCCAGAAAAUUUGCAAACAGAAGAAGGAUGCCGUUUGUGGAGUACGCUCCUUCAAUCAAGAUAACAUUUUCACAAUUGAUAAGGCGGUAGACAAUGAAAAUUCAUUGAAAUCUCCGAUUGAUGGAAACAAAAAGCGCGGAACAUAUGAUAAUCUUGAUCCAUCUACUUGUAUCGGUACUUGUCCAGAAGAAGACCCGGAGUAUGCAGUGAUACUUCCGAACGACGACUGCAAGAAAUUCUGUAUGUGCAGCGGCGGCGUGGCAUGGGUUCAAUCGUGUCCUGAACCUCUCUAUUUCGAUUCUGUCCAGAAAAUUUGCAAACAAAAGAAGGAUGCCGUUUGUGGAAUACGCCUAUUUAAUAAACAUCACGUCACCUUGGAUCAAAAAUAAUGAUUGAUAAUGAUAAAUCAGUGGUAUCCCCGAGCGAGGAACAUGAUGACGAAAACGGAAGAAUCAUUUUAAUUGAACCCAUACUUCAAUUUUAAUUUUAAUUUUUUUUGUUGAAAAAUUUUCAAAUUACUUGUAAGUCGCUAUUCACUUUUCUAUAAUUUAGUAUUUAGUAAUAUAAUAGCAUUAAAUGCAGCACAUUCUGAGAGAAAAUUCUGUUUUUCUGUAAAUAAAAAAUAACUGUUCGUCAA